GCUGCUCAUUUGCAUAUACUGGGCCUUAUAGUCCACGGCAAAGAGAGAGCUUGACACACACAUUUGUUUCACUCGCUCCACAAGUGUUUGGACCAUUUAUGAUUCUCUUAACUUUUUAGUCCCUCAAGAUGGGAUUCCUGAAGUUUGCAGCAGCUGGAGUGUGCGUCGUGCUUUCUUUAUUUCUACACACAGUCCGGUGUACAACUACGAAAUAUUUCACCUAUGAAGAAGACGCACCUGGAACGGAGAUUGGCAACUUGUCCCGGGAUUUGAAGAUCGAUCCAGCUGAUGACCCACACACGUCGUUCCGCUUCAUGCAGGAAAACAACGCCUCUGUGAUUCAAAUGAGGGAGCUUGACGGACUUCUGAGUGUUGCAGAAACGAUUGAUCGAGAGCAGCUCUGCGGCAGCUCUCCGCGGUGUCACGUCGCCUUCGACAUUGUGGCCUUCUCCCGAGAAAAGUUCCAACUCAUCCACGUGGAGAUCGAGGUGAGAGACAUCAACGAUCACUCUCCGCAUUUCCCACGCAAUGAGACACAUCUGGAGAUAGUAGAAAAUGUUCCAGUGGACUCGAGAUUUCCACUCCAGCUCGCCCUCGACCAGGACGUGGGUGAACACUACAUUCAGAGCUACAACAUUUCCCCCUCCAGUCAUUUUGCCAUUGAAGUGCGCGACAGAGAUGAUGGAGUGAAGUUUGCGGAACUGGUUCUGGUGAGAGAACUCGACAGGGAGGUGGAGGACUCCUACACCAUCCAAGUCACUGCAUCUGAUGGAGGAGUGCCUGCAAAGUCCGGGUCUAUGACUGUGCACAUCAAAGUGCUCGACUUCAAUGACAAUAGCCCGACAUUUGAGCACAGUUCCCUGAAAGUUGAGUUGAAUGAAGACUCUCCGGUUGGUCACCGGGUUCUCAAAGUGCACGCCUUUGACCCUGACGACGGCAUCAACGGCGAGGUGAUGUAUGCGUUUGCAGACCGUUUGUCACCGGAAGCGGCGCGUCUUUUCCACGUUGACCCAUAUACCGGCGACGUCACCUUGAAGACACAGGUUGAUUUUGAGGAGAGGAAGUCAUACGAACUGAGCAUCAAAGCCUCUGACUUAGGCGCCAACUCUGUGCCGUCCAUCUGCAAAGUUGUCAUAGACGUCGUGGACGUGAACGACAACGCACCGGAAAUCAGCAUCAAACCGAUGACCUCCGGCAGUGACGGAGUCGCCUACAUCACUGAAGCUGCAGCUGCGGAGAGUUUCGUGGCUCUGAUCAGCACCUCGGACAGCGACUCUGGCUCCAACGGGUACGUGCGCCCCAGCCUGCUCGGGCACGAGCAUUUCACUCUGCAGCAGGCGUAUGGCGAUACUUUCAUGAUUAUCACCACCACGACUUUAGACAGAGAGAAGAUCCCAGAGUACAACCUGACUGUGGUUGCAGAAGACCUUGGAAGUCCACCUUUUAAAACUGUUCGACACUACACCAUCCGUGUAAUCGAUGAGAACGACAACCCCCCACACUUCAGUAAGUCAAUCUAUGAAGUUUCCGUGCUCGAAAACAAUAUCCCAGGUUCAUAUGUAACCACUGUUGUUGCCCGUGAUGCUGACCAGGGGAAAAAUGCCAAAGUCUCCUACAAACUCAUUGACUCAGAGGUGGAGGGAGGAUCCCUAGUGUCCACUUAUGUUUCUAUAGAUUCACUUUCGGGAUCAUUGUUUACUUUAAGGUCUUUUGAUUAUGAAACCCUUGAGCAGAUUGAGCUUGUAAUCCAAGCAGAAGACAAUGGCUCCCCCUCUCUUUCAAGCACAUCAACAAUCAGGAUUAGAGUUGUGGAUCAGAAUGACAACUAUCCAUAUUUCACCUUCCCCAUCCUCCUGAAUGACUCUGCUGAUAUUCCUCUGCCUUUCAAUGCUCCUGCUGGCUUCCUCGCCCUCCGUGUGUCAGCUGAAGAUGGCGAUGAGGGAGUAAAUGGUGACCUCUCCUACCAAAUUGUACAAGGUGACCCAAAGCUUUUUACAAUGAACAAAGACACUGGGGAAAUUGCUUUAAAACAAUGGCUGAUGUCUGAAAUUGGAGAUGUGCUGGAAAUUAAAAUCAGUGUGAGUGACAAUGGCAGGUCCCCACUUUCUACCAGCGCCACUCUCCGAUUCAUUGUCUCAGACACAGAACCCACUGAAGACCAGGUCGUUAUUGUGUUGCGGUCAAGUGAUGAAGAAGGCUCCAUCCUUGAUGCCUCACUAAUUACCAUUAUCAUGCUCAGUGGGGGUUGUGCACUGUUGCUGAUUGCAAUAGUGGUUGUUAUUGUCACAUGCAAACUGAGCCGAAGGGGAAGAAGCCGCAGCACCAAGGGAGAAGUGUGUCACAGCGUGUUUGACAGCAGGCCCAUGCCGAUGCUCGGCUCCACAGAACCAAACAUAUACACAGGUCAAAGAGGCUUCUUCCACGAGAGGGCCUCCUCAUCUCUGGAUGAUGACUCCUGCCUGUAUGAGGAGAAGAGUGGGGACUCAGAGACAAAGAUGUUCCUGCCCUCCAAGCAUUUCCAACCAACGUCUGUGUGGCAAGGUGACAAAUACUACUUGCAAAUGAGUGGCAUCGGCAACAAUGACCAGCUGAGCGUGAAGGACAGUGGCAAAGGGGACAGUGACUUCAAUGACAGUGACUCUGAUAUCAGUGGUGAUGGACGACAGAAGAAUUUCAGUACAUUCCAACCGGGGCUGAAAAGUUCAUCCAGCGCCGCUAACAGCUUAUCUGGGGAUUGCCAAGGCACGUACUGUGCAAUACCAUCACAGUGCUUCAGAACCCCCAGAAACAACGCAUACACAAUUGGCUUCUCUGCGGUGCCGGUGUUCAACAAUCAUCAUGGAUAUGCACACUCUUGGAAGGACUCUGGUUAUGGCACAAAUGUGCCAAAGUCUAGGAGCAGCAUGCACACCUUCUCCAGGACCGGGACGCUGCCUUCCUACUUUCCUCAGCAACAGCCUGACACUGUUACCGGAGGAGACGUACAACACAAGCACAGUCCAAAGUUUGUCACCGUGGCUACUGCAACAGAGGUUGCAACGAUCUUUUAAAAAAAAAAAAAACUGUAAAAUGGUUAAGAUGUUCCUUGAAAA